AUGGCAAGACAACAUCAGGCAGUGCCUGGCCCAAUCCCAUUCCAUGGACAACUCCGACAUGUCGGAGGAGUGUCAAUGGAGAAAUCAUUCACACAUAAUCAAGUGCCACAUGGAUGGUCAAAGACCUACAGGACACUCAACAUGGACUCUGAGCGUGUAACACUCACCUUCGCCCUCAGACUCAACAACAUCAAUGAGUUGGAGAACAAACUCAACAAUGAGAUUGCAAACCCAAACUCUGGAAACUAUAGACAGCAUAUGACUCGUGACGAGUUGAAUGAGAUGGUGGCACCAGAUCAGGAAAGAGUCAAGGAGUUUAAGGUGUGGCUUCAAACAAAUAUGGACGCAGAGAUUGUAAAGAGCCUACCAGACUUUAUUGUGGCAAGUGUACCUGUUGCCAAGGCCACCAUGUACCUUAACACGGACUUUGAGGAGUUUGAACACAGUGUCACAGGCAAGCGAGUCGUCCGCACUCUUGGACCAUACUCAUUCCACGAGUCCUACGCUGACCUCGUCCACUUCAUCGGUGGAACAGUGCGUUUCCCUAACCAACGCCAGUCGUCACGCCUCGGCCCAGACAACGAGUACCUUAGCAAGAUAGAAGCUGGCGUACUUGAUACCUCGAAUGCGCCAUCGAUCGUACGUCUUUAUGCAGGCGACGGUGGCUUCUCCUUUGUAAUGUUGCCACGCUGUGAAGAUGGCUCAUACCCAGCUGGCACUGGCGCCCUGCCAGCCGGUCUCUGCAGCAACGCGACUGUAGCCAUCACCAGCUUCACGAUCAGCUCAACAUCUCAGCAGUUUGCAGUAACCAUGAAGCCAUCAGGUGACAGCAAACUCAUAUGUAUGCCAUGUAACGAGUCGACCAACAUUGUUGUCACAACCGCAUGCACGGCUUCGAUCAAGGCGCUUGGCUUGGCUAACGACACUAUCUACUGUAUGACAAGCGAGUUGGGCGAAGGCCAGCUCACCAACUACUUGCCCGUGGCCCUCAAUCUCGUGACCACAUUCGUUGAUAGCACGACAUCUGCACCCUAUACCACCACGACCUACACGGGCCAGUUCCUCACGCCACAGGUCAUCCAAGCGCGCUACCAGAUGCCCAUGCUCACUGGCACAUUCCCCACCAACAAGUCACUCACAGACGUGGACUGGACGCUCAACUCGCAGUCUGUGGCCGAGUUCCUCGAGCAAUACUACAGCGAGCAGGACUUGAUCCAAUUCUUCCAGAUGGCUGGUAUGGACUCACGCCUUGCCCAGCGAGUCACGGUCGUAGGUCCAAACAACCAGUCCUUGCCCGGUGGCGAGGCAUCCUUGGACAUUCAAUAUUUGAUGGGCCUGGCCGCAGGCUACAACACAACCUUUUGGAGUUUGGGUGGCCUUGUUGCUGGCCAGGAGCCAUUCCUCGAGUGGAUCACCGACGUCCUGAACAGCCCCAAGACCAUAUACGUGCACAGCGUGUCUUAUGGAGACGACGAGGACUCAUUGUCUGUCGACUACAUGCAGCGAAUCAAUGAGGAGUUUAUCAAGGCUGGCGCCAUGGGCAUGACGAUCGUGUUCUCCUCGGGAGACAUGGGCGCCAACUCCAACUCCAACAAGGCCCAAAACAAGUUUGUUCCAGCCUUCCCCUGUUCGUCGCCUUACGUGCUCGCCGUGGGAGCCACUCAAUUCUCCACGCAGACGACUCCAGCUUGCGACAUUAACGCAGGUGGUGUGCUACCAGUCAAAUGCACACAGAUUGGUGAGAUCGCCUCGAGUAUUGCCACUGGCUCGCGUAUCACAUCCGGUGGAGGCUUCAGUAAUGUGUUCCUCAGGCCAUCUUACCAAGACAAAGUUGUCGUUGACUAUGUCAACACCUACCUCUCCAACAUCCCCGCCACCUACUACAACAACACGGGUCGUUCGUAUCCCGACAUUGCCGCGCUUGGACACAACUACCUUGUAGUGCUUGGUGGACGUGUGAUACCUGUGGAUGGCACGUCAGCCUCGGCACCAGUCAUUGCCGCUGUCAUAUCGAUCAUCAAUGACAUGCUGUUGCGCCGCAAUGAGAAGCCGCUGGGCUUUGUCAAUCCUGCUCUGUACAGUGUUGGCGCACAGCACCCUGAAGCGUUCUUUGACAUUGUAAUGGGCGACAACAGCUGUCCAGAGAGCCCACCCUGCAACACCUAUGGCUAUCCUGCCACACCGGGCUACGAUGCCGUGACGGGCUUUGGCUCGCCAUACUUCCCCGUGCUCUCGCAGUUGCUGGCGCCCGUGCCGGCACCUGCCGCCAGCCACCAAGACUUUUCCGAGGGCUGGAAGGUAGCUUUCAUCCUAGUGUCCGUGGCCCUGUUCCUAUUGAUCCUCUCAUUGGCUGGCUUCAUGGCAUGGUGUACAAACUCAGACCUCACAAUCGAGGUUAUGCAGACAUUUAAAAAUGUUGUUGUUACGCGCGCGCAUGCACGCGUUGAUGUUGCCACGUGA